AUGUUUGAUGACUCGAUUUCCGAUACACAAAUCAGUUUGGAAAAUAAUACAUUGACCUAUGAAGACCUCACUUCGGAUGCCAAAAAAAUACCUCCAAACGAAAAUUGUAGGAUAUAUUUUGAAAGGUCAUCUUCCAUCGACCAUUCCGAGUCAUUAACAAAGAGUUCUUUUGUUCCUUUUAUGUCCUCUCACAACGAUUCUAUCCCGAAUCAUUACGGGGAUACACAUUGUCAAGCGAAGCGGAGUCUAUUUCGGCGCGUUACUAGUUUGACCUCCACGCAAACGCGACUGCAAAAGCUGCACCUAUUCUCCUCUUCAGUUGAAAUACCCGACGUGGAAAACAACGAAUGUCCCGACCAGAUAGAGAGGCAUACUAACGGAUUGUGUCAACAACGGAAUCCAGGAGGUCGGAUGGCCUCUCUUACACAUACCUUGAAACGACGUCCCUCUUCCACUGAACGGGUAAAAGUUCCGAGUUCCAGACGUUCCACUUUUGAGGACAACGAACUCUCAGUUAGAUUUCGCUUUCUACUAGCCAAAUGCCAGCCUUCAUUUACUGACUCAUAUAUAGCACUCAAUAAAUCUUCUAAUAUUCCAAAAUCUUCCGUCUCCGUUAAAGCUCCUCGAUUUUAA